AUGAGUUCGAGCCGGCUAUACGACACACGCUCAGGCUGGAUUCGGGAGCGGGAGUGUCAAGCCCAAGUUGAUCAGACCUGGACUGACCGUGACAUAGGCACCUUGAGCAUUUCUGAGCCUGAUAGAUGCCUCGACCAUCUCAUGGCAGCUUUCAACGUCACCCCCUCUGAUCCUUCAACAUUUAUCCUAAUGGGCAUCCCUGGCCUGGAAGCUGCUCAUGGCUGGAUUUCCAUCCCUUUCUCUAUGUUCUACAUUAUUAGCCUAUUUGGAAAUUUUAUGGUUCUGUUUGUUGUAGGCAAAGAGCAGACCCUGCAUAAGCCCAUGUACCUGCUGCUCUGCAUGCUGGCACUCACAGAUAUCGGCAUGUCUACCUCUGUCAUUCCAAAGGCACUGUAUAUAUUUUGGUUUAAUUUGAAAGGCAUUACUCUGGUUGACUGCCUCACCCAGAUGUUCUUCCUUCACACGGUUACCAUAAUGCAGUCAGCCGUCCUUGUGACAAUGGCCUUCGAUCGCUAUGUUGCCAUAUGUAGCCCUCUGAGAUACUCCACCAUCCUCACCAACGCACGAGUAGCUAAGCUAGGGCUAGUGGGUUUGAUAAGAGCUGUUGUCUUUGUUCUGCUCCUGCCCCUGCUCCUGAGCAGGCAUCCAUUCUGUGCCAACCGCAUUAUCCCCCACACGUACUGCGAGCACAUGUCCGUGGCAAAGAUGUCAUGUGGGGAUAUCACAGUUAACAGGAUAUAUGGCUUGGUGACAGCAUGUGUUGUCAUCGUGUUAGACCUGAUGCUCAUUGCUCUGUCCUAUGCUCUGAUCAUCAGGGAUGUCCUCAGAAUCUCUUCCAAGAAAGCCCACCAGAAAGCCCUUAACACCUGCACAGCCCAUAUCUGUGUGAUGCUGAUGUCUUAUACUGCCUGCCUCUUCUCCUACCUGACACAGAGGUUUGGUCAAGGAAUCGCUUCCCAUGUACAUGUCACCUUCGCUAACUUCUAUCUCCUUGUCCCCCCCAUGCUCAACCCUAUCAUUUAUGGUGUCAGAUCCAAAGAGCUUCGUGACAAAGUGGGUAAAUACACCUGCAGAAGGUGA